AUGGACGGCGGCCAGGGCAGCAGCCCAGAAAGCCCCAACCGGGCGGUGGAGUAUCUGCUGGAGCUCAACAACAUCAUUGAGAGCCAGCAGAAACUGCUGGAGACGCAGCGGCGGCGCAUUGAGGAGCUGGAGGUGCAGCUGGACCGCCUCAGCCAGGAGAACAAGGACCUGCGGCUGGACCGGCAGCCACCUCCACCGCCUCCACCGCUGGCCAAUUCGGCCUCAAACCAGGCGCACAGCCACCACCACGGCCAGCCUCUCCCGGCAGCGCCCACCUCUGCCACUGUCUACCCCAUCCAGAGCCACAACAGUGGGCCUAGACCGCCGCCCAAAUGUCAAUGUCAACGUCAACACGCACACCCGCCUCAGCCGCGGCCUGUCCACCGGCUCCAACCCCACGGAAAGAGACAGGGAGCGGGAGAAGGAGAGAGAGCGAGAGAGAGAUGGUUCCAGCACCAGCACGGCCACCACUCUGCAGAGACAGCCAGAUGGAGACUCCAACAAAGACAGGUCACCACCCUAUUCCACCUGUACUACUACUUGUACCAAUCCUACCACCACCACUACUGCUACUUCUCCUGCUACUACUACUACCUCUCUCCACACCAGUCUGACCGCAAACAGCCACUCGACCCACCACCAGUACUGCUGCCCCGCGCGGCUUCUUCUGCCCAAGCCUCCAUGCGCCCUCCCCCCUGCCCGGCAUCCGGAGCAGGCAAGAGAAGAGGAAGAUGAUGACAUCGCCCAUCAGUUCUGUUGCCCCGCCUCUGAAUGCAGUAGUCCCUCCUCUAGGUAACCAGCGCCCCCAUGGUCCACCCCCUUUGCUUUAGCCCCGCUCACUUCAACCAAGACUCACUGGGGUAAAUGCUUGUCAGCAGGAUCCUGGAUCUCAAACUGAACAUCUGAACCUGCUGGUUAAGUGCUCAGCAGGUCAUGGACUGAACAUGUAAAAAACAAACAAACAAACAAAAAACCUUCCUUCCUUUGCACUAGCAUGUCACCUGCAUCCCUUCCACCUCUCUGACAUGGACAGACACCUUCUUUGUGUAUAAGAAUAGAAAGAAAAGAGGGAAAAAAGAGGAAAGAAUGAAAAUAAACCCGAAAUGCCAGAAGCUGGAUGAGCACCGGAGCGGUGGAUGAGCUGAAGAAAUGCAACAAAGGAGACAAGCCCUAAUCCUCCUUCUCCACCCUCCUCCUGUUGAUGCUCUUUCUGCUUUUUUCCAUUUUUUUCUGCUUUGUCUUUCUCCUGUGGUUCUGCUCUUUGGAAAACUCUUGCUUUGUCUGCCAAACCACUGUGAAGCUACACUGUCGUCUGUGUUGUGCUGUCCUGUGUUGCUCUCACCACGUGUUAAGAAAAAAA